GAACUAAGAUGUGGGCUCCAAAGGAAAAUCAGGAACGCGGCGGGCACGACAUGGAGCGCGGUGCGGCGCACACGCGCCGGGCCCAUCAUGGCUGCGCAAUACUACUGGAUGUGCGCCCUCGUCGCGGGCCCAACUUUGCAGGCGUUGCGCCCGCGCAUUCGCGGAGGGGUGCGCUGUCCGCCACCCGAUCACUCCUCUUUCCUUUAGUAUCCCGGCAUAAACGGCGCGCGCGCACGGGAUUCAGGCGCAGCGCGCUCCGGGCCAUGGCGGUCCCCGUAAUAUGGUUAGUGGUUGCAGUAGCGCCGCUUCUGGGAGUAAAUUCACAAGACGAUUCCUAUCUUGACUGGUCACGAAGAUUUGACACGCCAGAACAGAAUAAUUUGUACCAAGAGGAGAGACGAGAAGAUUACUACAACUCACAUGAAUAUCAGCCUACCUGGCCAUCACAACGGCCUGAUAAUGACAUACGAACGUAUGGAUUGUCACAACGACCAGAUGUGCGUCCCACAUGGCAGCAAACCCAGCGACCACCGCAACUGUCGCAGACCUCUAAUCAAUAUUACAAUUUCGAUAUUUACGACCCAGUUACUAAACAACGAACGGCUGCUGAUCGGAACUGCACUGCGCCAGGUUGCUGUGUUCCCAAGUGUUUCGCAGAGAAAGGCAUGAAGGGGCGACCAGGCUAUCCAGGUGCCCCGGGCCCAAGAGGACUACCGGGACACGAAGGUGUAGAAGGUCCACAAGGUUUGAAAGGUCAAAAAGGACAAAUGGGCCCACAAGGACCACGUGGACCCAAAGGCGACCGAGGAAAACCUGGAGAGAGAGGUUUUGUUGGAUCUGCAGGGCCACCUGGUCUACAAGGUGACCAAGGAGCUCCUGGUAUUCAUGGCAGGGAUGGCUGUAAUGGUACAGAUGGUCCACCAGGUGCAUUUGGCCCACCAGGAUCGACUGGACCUCGUGGUUUUCCAGGACCGAAAGGUGAAAGAGGUGAUAAAGGAGAGCCAGCAAAUACUGGUUUUUAUUCAAAGGGUCAGAAGGGAGAACCUGGAGAACCAGGAACAACUGGAAAAGAAGGUCCCAUGGGUCCUGAAGGACCCAAGGGAGAACCGGGAACAAAAGGAAAUAUUGGUCCUAGGGGUCCGCCUGGAGAGAAAGGAGACAAGGGAGCUAAAGGAAUAAAAGGUAGAGCCAUACAAGGCGACAAAGGUGAAAGAGGCGAUAGGGGGCAAAGAGGUCCAGAUUGUCCAAAAAUAAAUACGGACAUAUUUAUAAACGAUAAUAAAACAGUCACUAGUAUUCCUGGAGACAGAGGAGAUAAGGGAGAAAAAGGAGACGUCGGCAAAACAGGGGAAUAUGGUGACACAGGAGAAAAGGGUGAGCAAGGACGCCCAGGUAAAUCGGGUCAAAAAGGAUCAAAAGGCAUUAUAGGAAAUCCUGGGGACCGUGGUCGGGAUGGAGUGCCUGGUUUUCCGGGUCCAAUGGGUCUUAAAGGAGAUAGAGGUAUAACUGGUCUAGCUGGAUUACCUGGAAGACCAGGAAAUGAUGGAGAGCCCGGAAAAGAUGGACCUCCAGGUCCGAGAGGAAUUCAAGGAGUACCUGGUUCACCAGGAGGUGGAACAGGAACUCAAGGACCGCCUGGUCCAACUGGACCAAGAGGUUAUCCAGGACCACCAGGGCCCAAAGGCAAUGAUGGAAGGCCAGGUGACAGGGGACCUCAAGGGCCAAUGGGACAGCAAGGUGGACCAGGUAUCCCUGGAAAUCCAGGUACAGAAGGAAUACCAGGUCGCAAAGGGGAAAAAGGAGAACCUGGCAAUAAUGGACAAGAAGGAGUAAUGGGACCGAGAGGCCAUGAUGGACCUCCUGGUUCACAGGGCCCAACAGGUCCCAAAGGUGUAGACGGGCUCACUAUACCUGGUGAAAAGGGUGAUAGUGGAGUACCCGGUACACCAGGACAAAAAGGGCAGAAAGGAGACCGUGGCUACCCAGGCAUAAGAGGUGAACCCGGAGACUCCAAACUGGGAAGACCAGGCAAGACAGGUCCUAAAGGAAAUAAAGGCGAUAGAGGUGAUAAAGGUCAGCCCGGCCGUGAUGGUAUAUCUGGUAGAGACGGAAUUAAAGGAGAUAAAGGUGGAAGUUGCAACGAAUGUUGGCCAGGAAAUCAGGGACCAAAAGGCGACCGUGGAGUUGAUGGUUUGAAGGGUUCCUCAGGAGAACGUGGCCCGCCUGGACCGCGUGGUGUCCCUGGCGACAGAGGAGCGGAUGGUGUUGAUGGCAUGCCAGGACCUCCGGGCCCUGCGGGCGAACGUGGUGAUGAGGGCCCCAUUGGACCACCUGGAUCUCCUGGAAAAGAUGCUAUAGUUGAUUUGAAAUUAGUAAAAGGCGACAAAGGGGAAAAGGGUAAUCAGGGACCUAAAGGUUUUCCAGGAUAUAAAGGCGACCAAGGGAGCAAAGGUAUUAAAGGAGAACGUGGUGAAAUUGGUUUACCGGGUCAAAAAGGUGAAAUUGGUAGAAUGGGAACACCAGGAGCGGAUGGAAUUCCUGGAGCUAAUGGAGAGCCAGGAAGAGACGGUAAUGAUGGUCGUAGUAUUAAGGGAGAAAAAGGUGCACCUGGAGACUAUGGCCUGAAAGGAGACAAAGGAUUUCCUGGGCGAAUGGGUAUAAAAGGCGAACCGGGACAAUGUCCAGCAGAUUUAAAAUUGAUGACAAAAGGAAAUAGAGGUCCGCCAGGACCCAAAGGACCACAGGGCCCGGAAGGUGUAUCUGGGGAUAAAGGCGAUAACGGAGAACUUGGUCGUCCUGGCGAAAAAGGUGCACCCGGUGCAACUGGUAGAGAUGGUCCUGUCGGCCCACGAGGUCUUCCUGGUCCAAGAGGCGAAAAAGGUGACGGAGGGCCGAUAGGUUUUCCAGGUACACCUGGUACGAAUGGUCCCAGAGGAUUUCCAGGAUUAAUAGGUAUAAACGGUGACAAAGGCGAAACAGGGCCAUCAGUGGUUGGUCCUAUAGGACAGCCUGGUAGACCUGGACCAAAAGGCGAUAAAGGAUUAAGAGGAAAUCCUGGUCAACCUGGUAAAGAUGGACAGCCAGGGUCACAAGGUUGGCCAGGUGAAAAAGGAAAUGCUGGAUCAUACGGACCUUCUGGACCUCCCGGUUGGCAAGGACAGAAAGGUGAACCUGGUCCUAUAGGAAACAUUGGACCAAAGGGAAUUGAUGGUAUUCCCGGGAAACCAGGAAGCAAAGGAAUUAGAGGCUUGCCAGGAAUACCAGGAAAGCCUGGUGUAAUUGGUUGGCCAGGUGCCAAGGGAGACCGUGGAUUAACAGGUCAAGAGGGUGAAAAAGGUUUUCCAGGUGCACGAGGUAGACCUGGUCCUCGUGGAACCCCAGGUGUAAAUGGAGCUCCAGGUUUAAAGGGAGAUAAAGGCCCGUUAGGUUAUAAAGGCGAUAAAGGAUUUCCAGGAACACCAGGUCAACAAGGAUUACCAGGAGCUCCUGGCUUACCAGGUGACAAAGGCUCCGAUGGUGCUACAGGAGUUCCCGGACUUCCUGGACUCGCUGGUCUUAAAGGAGACAGAGGUCUACCGGGAUAUCCAGGACCCAAAGGAGAACCAGGCUUAGCAUCAGAUAGAGGUGAAAAAGGAGAACCCGGUUUUCCUGGACGUCAAGGUAUGCCAGGCAUUCCUGGUCAAAAUGGAGUAAAGGGAGACAAAGGAGAAACUGGUCUAACUAUAACAGGACCUCCUGGUUAUACUGGAGAAAAAGGUGAAAUUGGAAGUCCUGGACUGUAUGGAGCUCCUGGAGAAAGUGGUGAAAAAGGUGAGGUUGGGUUGAAUGGAUACAAAGGAGCAAAGGGAGAUAGAGGUCUGCCAGGUGAACGCGGACCUCCAGGUCCACCUGGCAUGGACGGUGAACCAGGUGCUCAAGGUGAACGGGGCUUUAAUGGUAUAGAAGGAGCCAAAGGUGAUAAAGGAGAUCGAGGUCAACCAGGAAGAGAUGGUUUAGAUGGACUCAAAGGAGACCGUGGAUCAAUCGGUGUAAUAGGUCCAAAGGGGUCACCCGGCUAUCUUGGUCCAAAAGGAGAUCGGGGUCCUCCAGGGCUUAAGAUCGACAUAAAAGGAGAUAAAGGCGAUAUUGGACCUCCCGGUCCACGUGGGGAUAAAGGUCCAAAAGGAGAAAGAGGCCUCGACGGAGCCCAAGGUUUAAGAGGUGAUAAAGGUGAUCAAGGUUAUACAGGACAAAAAGGAGAGAAGGGCUUUAUUGGUUACAGCGGAUUAAAGGGGGAUCUCGGUCCAAGGGGCCCCCAAGGUAAACCUGGAAAAGAUUGUCCAUGUGAAAAGGGAAUACCAGGUUUACAAGGAAAAAAUGGUCGGCCUGGUAUACAAGGAGCGCGUGGUGAGAAAGGCGAACAAGGUUUAACAGGCCUUCCAGGACAAAUAGGAGAACCGGGUUUACCAGGUUUACCAGGUCGCGAUGGGGAAAGAGGCGAAAAAGGAAAUGAAGGUGUAGCCGGGCCACCAGGAAAUGAAGGUCGACCUGGCAAUGAUGGGUUACCAGGGGAAUCUGGUCAUAAAGGUGACAAAGGAGAUAGAGGUGCACCUGGAUUUGGACUACCUGGCGAAAAAGGUGAUAAAGGCCAAAUAGGUUGGAUUGGUGAAAAGGGAGAGAGAGGCAGUAAAGGUGAGCGUGGUCAACCUGGAAGUCCUGGAGAACAGGGGCCUGAAGGUAUUCAAGGAGAGAAAGGUGAUCGAGGUAUAGUUGGAAAACCGGGUUAUCCUGGUGCACCAGGUGAAAAGGGUGACAAAGGCGAAAGAUCUCCAAUAGUUUAUGGGACAAAAGGACAAAAAGGAAAUCCAGGCCCUCCAGGGCCUGAAGGCCCGCCCGGACCCAUAUGUAUGGACGGACGUCCAGGUUUAGAUGGUUAUCCUGGUGAAAAAGGUGAACAAGGCAUGUCUGGACCAAAGGGCCCUCCAGGUCCGCCCGGACCACAAGGUCGGCAGGGAUUACAAGGUGAAAGGGGUGAGAUUGGACAAACCGGUUUGCAAGGAUUGCCUGGACUUCCAGGAGCCCCUUGCACUAAAACGGAUUAUUUGACAGGAACACUUUUGGUACGACACAGUCAAUCUGUCCAAAUACCCACUUGUGAGGCAGGUCAGGUAAAAUUAUGGGAAGGAUACUCGUUGCUUUAUAUCGAUGGCAAUGAACAAGCUCAUAAUCAAGAUUUAGGAACUGCUGGGUCAUGUAUCCAAAAGUUCAGUACAAUGCCUUUCCUGUUUUGUGAUCUAAAUACAGUAUGUCAUUAUUCCAGUCGAAAUGAUCGAAGCUACUGGUUAUCUACUAGCGAAGCAUUACCGAUGAUGCCGGUUGAAGGCAAUGACAUUAUAAGACACAUUUCAAGAUGCGUAGUUUGUGAGGUUCCAGCUAAUGUGAUAGCUGUACACAGUCAAACACAGGACGUUCCUGAAUGCCCUGCUGGUUGGAGCGAUGUAUGGAUAGGCUACAGUUUUGCUAUGCAUACCGGAGCUGGUGGCCAGGGGGGAGGACAAGCUCUUGCAAGCCCAGGUUCUUGCUUGCAAGAUUUCCGAACAUCGCCUUUCAUAGAGUGUAAUGGAGAAGGUGGUACAUGUUACCAUUUUGCGAAUAAGUUAAGCUUUUGGUUAACGACUAUAGAAGACAGAGACCAAUUCACAAGUCCUCAGCGAUCAACAUUGAAGUCAGGAGAAGUCACGACGCGUGUGUCUCGAUGUGCUGUCUGCAUUAAAAAUACAUAGUGAAUCUUAUCUUAUGCGCUUCAUUUUUUUAUACAUAUUUAUAGGUGUGAUGUUUAUACAAGACUCUUCAAAGACAUAGCUACCUAUUGUGGAUUUUACAUGACCAAUAGUGAUGUUGCUACCAAAUAUUAAGUUACAGUGAUACCUAGUUGUCAAUGUGAAAAUUAAAAUAAUUAAUUUAAUUUUUUCUUAAUUAGUAUACUUUGAUUCAACUAAUGCCAACUUCGUUCAGUAGGUAAGACAUCUUAGAAUUAGCUGUUCCAGUUCUUCUAACAUUCUAAACUAUUAAAGAUCUGUAAGUUUAAAUAGUCUCUGAUCAUAUUACAUACAAUACACCAAAGCCAUAAAUUUAAGUUUUAUAUUUUAAGUAGGUAUCUAUAGUUAUUUAUAUAUUAUUUUUAUUUUAGUAGUAUAUGCAGUAAAUGUGAUUGUCUUGUUGGUCAGAUUUCGUAUAAGUAGUAAUACUUACAUCAUGUUAUUGUAAAUCUUUUAUUCUCCUAGUCAGUGUUAUUUCGGAUUACGUAAUCCAUUAAACAAGAUUGUAAUAAGACAUUUUUAUAAUCAUCUGAUACUGUUCCAAAUUAUCUACUGUAUUAAAUUAUAUAACUGGGUUCAAGUAAUAUAUUUCUCAAAAUAUUGUAAACUGUUCACAACAAUAGGGUAGUGAAAGAUAGGUGAUGAAACACUGCCAUUGUAGAUAGAUUAAUAUUGCAAAUAAAUAAAUUAGAAUAAAUUUUUAAUAAAUAA